CUCCUCACGGAAGAGUAUGAUCGCGAGAAAGCAGAGUUGAUCGCCCGCCUGCAUGACGAGCCAACGUUGGGCUUGAUUUCGGACGGAUGGACGAGCGUUAAUAAAGAGAAGGUGAUCAACUAUGUCGUAGUGUCGCUGUUGAUGCGGCCCCUACUUUGGUGUACGAGGACGUGUGGUGAAGAUGAGCAAACGGCUGAGUACGUGGCGAGCAAGAUUAGUGAGGGGGUUGACGAGAUCAACAAAGCCGCCGGUAAAGACGUUGUGGUGUCUGUGACGACCGACAACGCACCCGUGAUGCAGAAUGCGUGGGCAAUCCUGGAGGCAACUCAUCCAAUUUUCUGCAAUGGCUGCAGUAGCCAUGCACUCAACCUC